AUGGCUAUCGCUGCCGAAGACUGGAUCAAUGAGCAGAAGAGAAACUUCUUCAAGUUCACGGGUAGAGAGAGGCCUUCCGACGAUGCGGUCUUCAUUUUGGUCAUGGGCAUGACAGGUUCUGGGAAGAGCACCUUCAUCGCACAGGCUACUGGGAAAGAUGUUACCGUCGGGCACGGCCUUUCUUCGUGCACGUCCGGCAUUUCCAUAUACAAUGGUAAGGUCGAUGGACGUUCCGUCUAUCUGAUAGAUACCCCUGGAUUCGACGAUACUCACGUCUCUGACUUCGAUACUCUCCAGACCCUAGCAACAUAUCUCAGCAUAUCCUACCACCGAAACGUCUAUGUCCACGGCAUAGUGCUCCUCCACUCAAUCGCCAGCAGCCGCAUCACAGGCUCCGCCCGCCGCGCCAUCGCCAUGUUCCAGGCCCUGUGCGGCCCAACCACCAACUCCAACGUCGCGCUUGCCACCACCUUCUGGGCCAGCUCCUCGGAGCCGAGGUCCCUCCUCAAAGCGCGCGAGGGGCAGCUGGUCUCGGACGAGUCCUUCUUCGGACCCAUCGCGGCCGGCGGCGCACGGGCUUUCCGGCACGCCGAGCACGGCCUGCCGAGCGGCCCCGCUUCGGCCCGGCGCAUCGUGUCCCACCUCAUCAAGCAGGCCCGGGUAGCGCCCGUCGUUCUCGACAUACAGCACGAGCUCGUCAAUAAACGCCUCAGACUGGAUCAGACGGCCGCGGGGCGCAUCGCGCUGGGGGCCGCGGCGACGGUCGUGUCGGCUACGAAGCAUCGAAUCGAGGACAUCCGAGCCGAGCUCUGCCGGGCGAGCCAGCGGAACGAUUCGGAUACUGUGGGUGCCUUGAUGGAGGUCAAACUCGAUCUUGAUCAAAGGCUUGCGGAUGUGGCUGCGGCAAAUCGCAAGUUGGCUUUGAAUAUGCAAGAGAUGGCGGCCCUCGAACAAUCACUUCUGGUGGGUUCUCCCUACCCGCCCACGUUGGAAACGGGCAACGAAUCCCGUUGA